CCUUCUGAUCAGCCUUGGAAUCGUCAAGCAUUCCUACUUCGAUCAGUCAAGCCAGGGAUCACCAUGCGUCUGCAGCUGCUGCAGUUAUGCCGCAUCCAUCCAAGCUGAUCACCCGCCAUGCACCUACCACUGGUCUCACCCACUGCUCGUGUAGAAUGAAGCCAGUGGCGUUUGCUUAGAGCAGUGAGUCGAAGACCGCUCUCAUCCAUCAAGCCGCCAUGCACCUCCCCAAGAUCGCGGGCGGCUUCUCUCUUCCGCACUCGCCCCCCCGCCAUUCGCGCCGCGCGUCGCUCCGCCAUCGGCGGCAGCGAUGCACGGUGCUGCUGGUGGCGGCGAGCGUGCUCGUCGUCAUGCUGCUCUUCGUCUCGCUCCACCUGCCGUCCGGGGACUCCCUCCUGCCACGUGGCAAGCAGGCUGCUUCCACUUCCGCGGACCCUCGCUCUGCGCUACAAGCAAGCAGCGUCACAAUCAACGGCUCGCAGCCAUCCAUCCGCGUAUCCCUCGCCACUCUCCGCGCCGAUCCGACGUGGCAGCAGCUGCUGGAUCCCGACUCCGCCGUGCGCCAGCUCAGCGACCAGAUCAGCCUGGGGAAAGCCUACCUGGCGCGCGCGCGGGAUGCGGGGGAGAAGGAGUUUGGCGAUGAGAUGGAGAGGGGCGUGCGCGCUGCAGAGGCGUUCCUCGCCCGCUCCAUCGCUAUCCCCAGCCAAGCAGUGUACAAGCUCGAGGCUCGAGCGCACAUAGCAAACAUGAGCGCUCUCAUCCUUCAAGCCAAGGAGAUGCACUAUGACAUAGUGGCGGCCAUGGCGGCACUCAAGGAAAAGGUGGCCAAGGCAGAAGAGAAGGCUUCUAAGGCGUCGGCUCAGGCCACUCUGGCUUCUCAGGUGGUAUCAGAGUCGAUGCCCAAGCCCAUGACGUGUCUCUACAUGCGCCUGGCGAGGGAGUGGGCUCUGCUGCACCCGUCGCUAGACACAGUCAGGCAUCCCUUCCAAAUACACCAUAAUCUGCCUCCAGGCACGCCCAACAACUCUCGCUUAGUCGACACCUCGCUGCUGCACCUCUGUGUGUUCAGCGACAACGUUCUGGCCGUGUCUGCUGCUGUCAACUCCACCGUGCUCUCUUCCAGUGACCCCUCACGGCUGGUCUUCCACGUCAUCACCGACGCCACCUCCUUCCCCGCCUUCGUGGUGUGGUUCUCCCGCCACCCUCCAGGUUUGGCCUCGCUGGAGGUGCGGCGGGUGGAGGGCGAGAGCGGGUGGCUCAAUGCGUCCUAUGCGCCCGUGCUGCGGCAGAUGCAGGAGGCCGGCGCCAAGAGCUUCUACUUCUCUGCUGCUGCUGCCGUGGAGGGCCGGGAACCCAUCAAGUUCCACAACCCCAAGUACAUGGCGCUGCUCAACCACCUGCGGUUCUACCUCCCCCAGCUCUUCCCUUCCCUGCACCGCAUGCUCUUCCUCGACGACGAUGUCAUUGUGCAGAAGGACCUCUCCGCCCUCUUCUCUCUGGAAAUGAACGGGGCCGUGAACGGUGCAGUGGAGACGUGCAAGGGGUCGUUCCACCGCUUCCACCGCUACCUCAACUUCACCGACACGCGGCUGAGAGGGCGCUUCGACCCCGAGGGGUGUGCGUGGGCGUAUGGCAUGAACCUGUUUGACCUGGAUGGCUGGAGAGGGGCCAAUGUGACGGGCACAUACCACUACUGGCAAGAGCAGAAUGUUGAUCAUUCAUUAUGGAAGCUGGGGACAUUACCGCCGGGCUUACUGGCAUUCAAUGGGCUUACACAUGCCAUCGAUCCGUCAUGGCACGUCCUGGGGCUCGGUUACAACCCACAUCUGGACAUGAAUGCCAUCUCUAAGGCCGCGGCCAUACACUGGAAUGGUAACCAGAAGCCAUGGCUGAAGAUUGCUUUACCGAAUUAUCGUAGCCUUUGGACGAAGUAUGUAAGCUUUGACGAUCCGUGGCUUUCAGAAUGUGGUGUAACAUGAUAUAACACCUCUAACCAGUUUGAACCGUGUAUGCCUCUCUCCAUA